AGUAUUGCACUAGUUUUCACCACUUUAAUCAGAUGUAUAAAAUGUUGAUUUAAUUAUUUCAAAAUUAGUUUAUCUACUUCACAAAGUUCAUCAAAAAGAUGAUGCAAAACUUAAGAGCAGAUAUGCAACUCACAGCAAAAAGGAUGGAGCUCGCUAGAAGAGGAAAGGCUGCAAAAAAUGAUGAAUCGAAAGAAAAUAGGAUUCCAUCUACUCCCAAAGCUAUGCCAGCAUCUACGCCGUCAAAAAUCCCAAAGCCUGCAAAAAGUUCAAAUAGUAAAAAAGUUGUGGCUAAGCAGAGACGGCCGGUCGGAUACACUUGGAAUAAAGGGGGAAGAUUGAAAGAGAUUCGAAUUCGUACUCGAGCAAGAAAAUUCCUCAAUAUUUGGAAACGAAAAACAUUCGGCCGUGUAAUGCCUUCAAAAGCUGAUAAACAUUUUAGGAAAGUUUUACUCAAAAAAUAUUUUUUUGAAUGGAAAUCAAUAUGGUGGGAAGGUCAUGUCGAAUGGAAAUUACUAGUACGGGCCGAGUAUCAUCAUAGAUAUUCGCUUUAUAGUCUUGUGUGGGUCCGUUGGAGAGAACACACAUUAUGUAGCAGAGAAAAUAGAAUUCGAAAAAGUCUUGCAGAUACACAUUGGAUUAAUAAAUCUAACAAUGCAAGAUUUCAAAGCUGGAAACUUUACGUACAACUUCGUCGAGUGAAAAAGAAUCUUUAUGAUACAGCAGAACAAGUUAUAACAACUAAAAGAGUAAAAAACGCAUGGAGAACGUGGCGCAAUCGUGUUGAUGUUGUUAAACAAGUAAAAAAUAACCAAGAAAUUGCUCUGUUACAUUGGGUGAAUGCGAAACAAAGAAACGUUUGGAAGAUUUGGUCUGGAGCUUGUAAAGAAAGGUUAAGAUUGAAAAGUCAAAUUUUGGAUGCUGAAAAUCAUUAUCAAUAUCAUCUUGUGUCCACAUGUUUUAUGUCUUGGAUUCGACAUCGAAAACUAUGGAAAGAGAAACUGAAAUUGAAACAAUAUGCAAUUUGUAUACGGAAUCGAUCUCUUGCAUCAAGAUGUUUAUCAACCUGGUUUGCGAGAUUGAAACGUAAAGUUGAAUUAGAAAAUAAAGAAAAAAUGAUUGAGGAAUUGGCGAACCGAUUUAUUCUAAGACGAGCUUUCUUAGACUGGGUAAAUUUUGUUAAUACCAAUCAUGAGAAUCAGCGUAAACAUGCCUGUGCACAAAUCUUAUACAGACGUAAAUUGUUGAAAAAGGGCACAAUAGCUUGGAAAAUGCUCGUAACACAAGAGCGGAAAAAAGCAAGCAUGUUUGAUGAGGCUGUUACAUUACAAAGACACAAUUUAUUGUUCAAUGCUUGGAAGAUAUGGCAAAAUAAGCUUGAAGGUAUUGAAGAAGAACAAGUGAAAGAGUUAACUGUUAUUUCAAGACAACAAUUCAACACAAAUUUGGUGCAGAAAGCAUUAAGGAUAUGGUUGGAUUAUGUUCAAACAUGCAGAGAGCGAAAUGAGUUGAAAAUUAAAGCAGAUUCACAUUUUAUCGUGAGGAUACUACCUUUAUGUUUCCAACGAUGGAGAAAUUUUGUUCGUGAAUCAAAAAUAAAGUUAGCCAGAUGUACGAGAGCUGAUGACUUUCAUACUGGUUCUUUACAAAUGAAAUAUUUUUAUACUUGGUGGGAAAAAUUUGAUAUUUGUCGAGAAUGUAGGACAUUAGAACGUAUUGCUUUUGUUCACAAUCGUGAGUUGACAUUACGUCGAAAUUUUCUAAAAUGGAAGCAGAGGGCGUACAAACAAAUAGUUGAAAAAAAAUCAGAAUCACAUGCUGAUUUAUGUUAUCGUGAAAUAUUGCUAAAACGUUCCUUCAAAAAUUGGAAACAGCUUCGGAGCCAAGGACGCAAAAAGCGACAAAAAAUAAUUCGAGCUGCAACAUAUUGCUACCAUAAUACAUUAGCAGGUUCAUGGAUUGCAUGGCGAACAUAUGUAAAUAAACAAAAAACUAAAAAGAUUUUGAUAAACAAAGCUAUUUUAUGUGAAAGAAGAAGUUUAUUAAUAAAAUGUACUGUAAAGUGGAAAUUGUAUUUUGAAAAAGUGAAAAAUUUUAAAGAAAUUGCAGAACAACGUUUCAAAAUCAAGAAAAAAGAAAGAAUGGGAUUAAUAUUUUUGCGAUGGAAAUCCGCGACACAUAAACAACUUUGUUUAAAAGAGAAAGAAAGUGGAGCUUAUUCAUUUCAUUGUAGAAAUGUUUUGUUGAAAUCAGUACAAAGAUGGAGAUUAUGGUCUGCAAUGCAUCGGCACCAGCGUAUACAAAAAGAAGAAAGAUUAUAUGAAGUUAGCGAUCAGUUAUGUCAAUUAAGAGCUCGUCGGAUUUUAAGGAAAUGGAAAUUAUGUGCUGUCGAAUCAAGAUUGGAAAGAUGUAAAAUUGUGAUCGCUCAUAAUCAUUUCCGCUUAAAAGUUUGUCGAGUUGCAUUCCAAGUUUGGAAAGUUUAUCGCUAUGUCAGAUUGAAAAAAAUGUUGAUGACGCAGCAAGCACAUUGCUUCCAUGAACGAAGUUUAUCAAAAUCUUAUUUUCAAAAAUGGAAAAUUAGUUUGGCUGAAAAGUUUGAUGAAAAUCAGAAAGAUGGGGAAGCUUUAUGGCAUUGGGCUUUGUCACUACAGCAGAAAGUAUUGGAAUCUUGGAUUUUAUACACGGCUGAACAAAAAAGAAAGAAUUCCAGAUAUAAUGAUGCAAUGCGAAAAAGAAGAUUACAUUUGCUUAAAAAAGGGUGUAUAAAAAUGCUUGAAUAUCAUUCUGAAAUGAUACAUUUGAGAACAAAAUCCGCCGCAACACAUCAUGCCCAUUCAUCGUACGCUGGUUAUCACCUAGCUUGGAAAUUUGCUAAAAAAUGGAGAAAUAUCGUAAAAGAGAGAAAUAAAAAUCGUCAAAAAGUUAUCGAAAAACCAAAACCAACAAAUUUAACUUUUAUUGUUGAUAAUCCAAUGUAUUAUCCGAUCCCAGAAGUAAUGCUAGAGAGGAAAAAUGUCCCAAAAAUUUCAGGCUCAAAGUUACAAAGUAAUUGGGUGUCAGAACCUCGCCCCAUUCGCAGCAUUCCAGUCCCCUCAAUAUCUACUGUACCUUUGUCGCCAGUAAGGCCUCCACAAAAAUGGAGACCGGCACCAAGAGGUCCUAAUUUCCUAAUGGAUUCAUUGCAAAGAGAAGGCCUGGAUGAUGAAGUUGAAUUUUCUGAUACAAUUAUGGAAGAUUUUUCCACUAGUGGGCAGAGUAGAGUUAAUAUGAUUCAUGAAUUUGGCAACGAAAUCAAACCAAAUCCUGAACUUUCUGCUGAAUUUUCUGAGUUUACGCCACAAUUUCAAACAACUGAUCAGCCUGACACUGGUUUCAUUGGGUGUUCCAAACGUGCUGCCCAGGCGGAAUCUGUCCUACCGCAGUUACUUGCGCAAAAUUUCGUUUCUGAAUUAUCCCAACAUCCAAUACAAAAGUCCACGAAAAGGGAAAUUGAACAUAAGUCACCUAGAGCAAUUCACAUUCACGUAAAGUCUCCUCGUAAAAGAGAUGAUAAAGUUCUGAAGAAAAAGGGUGAAUUUGCAAACCUUAGACAUGAUAAUAUCACUCCCGUGAGUACUGGUUAUCAAGAAGAAGCAACAAAUAUGUUAUUGCUCCCUCCUUCUGCUUUCACCUGUUCGAAAGAAAAAGAAUACUCAAUACUUAGUGAAACUAGCGAUUUUGGUUCACAGAGUUCACUAUGCAGCUCAAGGGAAGAUAAUUAUACUGAUAAAUCGUUAACAACACACAAAGUUGUGGACACAUCAAACCCAAUUUUGAGUAAUUCUUCAAAUUUUGAAGUUUUAAAAUCGAAGAAAAGUAAGCCACAAUCUUCUGUAUUGAAAUUGAAUCGUUUUGAAGAUGAAGUAUCCCCUGAUCAAUCACCAGUCGAAGAAGAUUGCAAGGAACAUUUCACACCUAAAAAGUCAAAGUCUGUUCAUUCAGAAAUCCAGGAAAUAAAGCAGAAAAUGCAGCAAUAUCAGGAAAAGAAAGAACUAAUGAAAGCCUUGAAAAGACAGAAAGAGGUUCUUGAACAUUGGUUGUCACGGGAACAGUCACGGCCUGCUUGUGAUAGCUCCAUAUUUGGUCCUGCACAAGAUGAAAUAGCACAAUUGACAAACGAUUUACGAACGCUGGCUCUCGAACUGCAAGCAGAACGACCUCAAAUGGAAGAAUUGAUUCAGAGAGUGAAAGCAUUGUCUGAAGGACCCAGUAAAAGAUGAUGGAAGUUGUUAAAGAUGAAGUUUGACCAAUUAACUUAUCAGAACAAUAUCUAUCGAGGUUUAUGCUUCCGAAAACAAAUAACUGGCUGACUAAUUCCAUACUUGACAUGAACUGGCAACCGGACGAGUGGCCGUGGUUUGCCAUAUGGUUAAGCCGUCUUAUCAACUUUCCGUUCCCCCAGGAAUAAAUAUUCAAAUCCAUCCUAAGGUUGCUGAUUCAGAUUCAGACAUUUUUUUCGCUCUGAGAAGACCAAUAUGGUAUAUCAAAAAGAAAUAAACCAAACUUAUCAAUUAAAUUCAAAAAAACGAACAAUGGCUCGUAGCAGUUGACAAGGGGUUGCGAAAGGCUCGGGGAAUCAUCUAGUUCAGGAGCCCCUCACUAAAUUUCAAAAAUAAAAACAGACAAACACAUUGUUAUUUACCGAUUAAUGUCCCUGAGUGAAUUAAAAUUACUUUAUUUAAUGACUCUGCUUUUGCUGCGCUGUAUUCAAAGUAUAUAAGCAAGUAUUUUAAUAAGCAAACGAAUAGCUAUCGCAGCCCCUUGGUUUUUCUCACAGAGCCCUAAGGCUCUCUCUGUAUGGAGAAAGCCUAUGAUCUGGUCGAUGUCAAAGAUAUCUUAGUGCUAGGGAAAUUAAACUGAUUCUCUACAUCAAAUGUGGCAAGAUGGGUGCAAAGGCUAGUAAAUUUUUUAUUCCAGUGAGUGACUGAAUUCAAGGCAGCAGCAUUUAAAGAAAGCAAAACACCAUAACUAUCGUUGCCUGCUAAAGGAGCAAUGGUUGAUAAAACAUUUUCAUUUAUUUGUCUGUUUUUUUAGCUUGUAGUGUUUAGAUAGGGAUGUAUCAACACAUUGCUCUGGUCUCAAAUGAGAACUAAUCAAUAAUGAUUUUGAAUUAAAUUAAAAGGGAAUAUCGGUUUGGGACACUUGGAAAUGCUGGCAUAUAAAUAGUUUGUUUUGAAAACUCUGCUGUUAAACUCUACUUUUAAGAUUUAGUGUUGGUACAUCCCUAGUUUUUGAGUGUUACUGUAUUAUUUAUAUUUUCAGUGCAAAGGUGUGCUUUUCAGCUUUUUAUAUUGCAUAGAUGCGAGUGAGUAUGCUGCUUUUGUGUGUUUAUAUUUGUAUAUUCCAUGUACUACCCAUAAGAGUUUUAAUAAUAAAAACUCAGAUUCCAUAAACAGUUAACUUCUUAUCGAAUGAGCAUUGGAAAUUUUUGCAUUUUGUUCUCUGUCUCCAAUUCAUUUUUCCAAAUUAUCACUUUUGUAACCAAAUGAUAUGAAUAAUUGUAUCAAUUUAUUUUUCAAAAUGUACCUAAUUGACAAGUAAUUUAGGAAAUUAAUUUGUCAUAUACUUAUUCCUAUAGUUCUAUAAUUGUGCUCGUUGCUUGUACGUUUUUUAUUAUUAUUAGCCACUGUUCAUUUAUUAAAUCGCCCAUUUUGGAUAUCAAAAUUUUCAUCUUUUUUAUGUCAUACUGACUCGGUGUGCUAAUUUUUUUAUCUGUAUAUUUUGUAUUUGAUAUUCUUAUUCCAACAUAUUCAGAAGACAUUGAAGUUUCUUCAAACUUAUAAAAGUAUGUAGUGGCACUUGCAUAAUUUUCAGUAAUGGUUGGUUCAAUGCGCAUAACUAAAUACUUAUUUUUUUUCAAAUAUAUUUUUAGUCACCCCUUACAUAAUGUGCCAAAAAGUACUUUUUUAUACUGUAUUUAUUCCUUAAAGCAAAUUGUAUACAUCCAACUUCAACAUACAUGUACAUGCAUAUUUUUUCUGUCACAUCCAUUGAAUUUAAAUCUAGUGCUUUCCAAAUUAAGUUGAAAUUUAAAUUUUGAAAUGACUUUAAAUCUGGAUCUAACUUAAAUCGAGUACAAUUUGACCAUAUUCUGAAAUAUGGAUAUUGCCAAACCUAACUUGGUUCUUCCAAAAUUCAGACUAAAAUUUCAAAAUAACCUAGAUUUUGUAACAACUUGUUCUGUAUUAGUACGAUUUAGCCUUAAUCUGUAAUGAGAAUGUUACCAAACUUGAAUUGAAAACCUCAUCAACAGUCAAAAAUGCUGUCAUUCAUAUAUUUAGCAUAUUCUUUUACAUCUUAAGACUAAUUAUUGUGGUUUGGAAUGCAAUUUUUGUGUUAUUUUGAUAUGCAUGUUUUG